AUGACCGUCACCUGCAAGACGUCGAAGCGCACCAUGAUUCUGCCCGGCUAUAUCCGUCGGCAACGCGGAACGGGCGGCCGGGCUUUGAAGCGUUGGCAACGGCCUGUAGGACACUCGAUCCCAGGUGUAGCCGUCUUCAAGGUGGAAAACGACGACGCCAAAGCCACGCUCAAGCUUGGCCUGAACCCCACGCACGGCGUGCUAGUCCGUAUUUCACGGCGAACUCGGUUUCGCGCGAAGGUCCCUAGUUGUGACCACGUCGUGGAGGUCGCACGCUCCGUCGACGCGGCUGCCAAGGGAUUCAAGUGCUUUACGCCGUGCGAGAAGGUCCUGCAAUGCGGACAUAUGUUCCGGAUCUUAUGCGUGCGUGGAGAAAGCGAUGACAUUAUCUACCAGUUAUACGGUCGAAUAGUGUGGUUGCCCAUACGACACCUGCGGCUGUUUGCUAGAGCAAAUGCCAUUCGGGCCGACCAUGCACCCCUUGCGUUCGCCGAUGCGAAGUCCGGUGUGCCCAUUUACGCUGUUCGCUCUCUUGUCAGCAGGCGUGCCAUCCGUACAUCGAAAAGUGUGCCAGACGGCCGGACCAUAAUCACUGGGCUCCCCUUCACAGUGCUCUAUCUCUCAGAGCGGGAGAGCGGGACAUAUGACGACAUCAAGCCAGCAAAUACUGCUUACUCGGCCGCCCGCGGUGCAGUCCUCCUCAACGAAACGUCAGACCCUGUCGUCUACCACUCGCGCCACCAGCUCUGCAACCCCUGUCGUCAUGGAGACGCUCUCAAGGCCGCAAUGGGACGAACUUGGGAGGAGGCGGGCAAAAGAGAACACGGGGAGAACCCGCCGUCGAUUUUGGACGUGACCGAAACGGCCCUAACGGACAAGGUGGACAAGGGUCUUCCGGAUGGAGAACGGGAGGACGGCAAAGCAGAUGUAAAGCCCCGCCAUCAAACGCUCUCCCGCAUACGCCCCCGCCUUGCCAGCCCGGAUCCCCUGGCUCCCAGCUUCGAUGCUGUCCUAGCGCGCCGAAGCCGUCGACUGAUCACCAACCGGCUGCCUUACGCCCCCGGCCGAUGCGACCGCGCACCGGUCGACGCCGCGCCCUGGUCUUACCUCACGGACCUCGACUCCAAGCACCGAUUCCUCCCCCCGCUCCACGCACGCCUCCGCAAGGCGUUCCCGUGGCAAGAGUGCGUCUUCGUCGUCACCAUCGCCUAUUUCACCAGUGUCACGGCCAUGGUCGAAGACGAGGACACUGUCUAUUGGCGCUACGAACGAAGACCCUAAUCUGAAGGAGAAGGGAAGGAAAAGAAGGGAUUCCGGUGUUCGGCGCACGUUCAGCGCGUCUUGAUAAUAGUCCACCGUGUGGGUCCUGGUCUGUGGGUCAAGGCCUGU